UACUAUGUAGGAUGGAUAGUAUGAACAUUGAGACGCAGGGUAUGUCUAUGAUUAGAAGAAGAAUAAGAGGUGGCGGUAAUACACGUAUAAGUCUGCGAUCCGCCGUAGAAGAAGAAGAAGAAGAAGAAGAAGAAGAAGAAGAAGAAGAACAACGAACACGUCCCCUGCCGUCCUAUGAGCGAAGCUGUCUCUAUUGUCGUUAGUAACGGAGUGACGCUGUCCUGUUUCCAAGCGCAACCCAGAAGCACAACAAGGCUCUUCUCGCUAACGUUCAUUGCAAAUCUUCCAGUCCUUCACAUCAUUCCCAUUAUAUUUUCAUGACAGUGCCUUUUGAUAUUCGAACCUUAUGUUAACGCUCUAUAUUUAAUUCUGGUGACGUUUAUUUUUCUUCUUGCCACGUUAAAACUCUUGCAUCACCCUGCUUUAAUGGCUGAUUUUGGGUUUAAUGAGCAUCAUCAGAAUGAGGUGAUAAACUACAUGCGCUUUGCCCGCUCUAAACGGGCACUGAGACUAAAGACAAUUGACUCCUGCUUCCAAGACCUGAAAGACAGUAGGCUCAUGGAGGAGACAUAUACGGUGGAUGAGGUAUCUGACAUGCUGGACGGGCUACAGGUGCUGGUGCGUGGAGAAGUGGAGAUGGAACUCAUAAACACAGCUCACACUAAUGUGCUGCUCCUGCGACAACUCUUUUCCCAGGCAGAGAAAUUCUACCUAAGAUUGCAAACAGACAUUUCUGAGCUGGAAAACAGAGAAUUACUGGAGCAAGUAGCUGAGUUUGAGAAGACUGAUUUCAAAGCCAACAGCAAGGUAAAUCAGGAGUCUAGUAAGCCAAAAUUAGCACCACUGAAUGAAGGAGGUGUGUCUGAACUACUCCAGAAGGAGAUUUCCAGACUACAAGAGGACAAUGACAAACUGAAAGCUAGACUCAGAACUUUGGAAUCUCAGGCCAUGAGUGCUCUGGAUGACAAGUCAAAAGCAGAGAGAGCCUUGAAAGACCUUCAGAAGAGCCAAGGAGAUCAACAGUCUGCAAUACAUGCUCAGGAGAGCACAAAUCUGGAAGGCACAGUUGCAGCGAUGCAGGCUGACUUUGAAAAGACCCUGAAUGCCAACGUUGCUUCUCAGAAAGACCUGCAGAACUGCCUGGUAUCUGCUAAACAUGACCUGCUCCAUGUCCAGGAGCAACUUUCUCUUGCUGAGAAGGAACUGGAGAAGAAAUUUCAGCAGACGGCUGCUUACCGCAACAUGAAGGAGAUUCUCACUAAAAAGAAUGAACAGAUUAAAGAUCUGAGAAAGAGAUUACAAAGGUAUGAAUCAGAUGAGUGAAUUUUAACCCACAAGAAGAGGUCAACAAAGAUUAUCACUACAGGAUCUGAUGUACCAGCUACACCUUGUUGUACGGUUUACAGUGGAUUAGAAAUAUUAUUUGGACAUUCACACUACAAUUACUUAGAUAUUCAUCACCUCUUUUUUUUCAGUAUUUACAGCUGGUUAACUGAGAGGAAGUUUUUGCAAGUACCCUCAUAUAUUGUGUGGGUUCACUUUGCUUAGGAGGAAAUGUAUUGCCCAUAGCUUUGCUCCCUUCUUUACUGGAAGAAUACAGCUCAACACUCUUGUCAAACAUUGUUUCAAAGAACUACAUAUCUGUGCAUUAUAAUAAUAAUGAAUUCUUCCUGUUUUAUGUUUGUAUGCAUACAUUAAUCUCAUUAAUCUACUAGGAGCUUUAGCUGUAGCAACAAGUAUAUAACCUAUACAAAAAUGUGUCUGUAUAUAAUUUUAUAAUUAAGAACAACCCUAUGUGUAAUGCAUAAAUAGGCAUUUUUUUUUUUUAUUAUUAAAAAAAUGUUUGUAGUAAAAGUGUUUUAAUUAAAGGAAUAGUUCACUCAAAAUUAAAACGUACUCACCCCCAAGAUGUAUGAUAAAUUUAGCAUUACAUCACUUGUUUAGCAAUUGAAUGUGAAUUCACCCAGCAGUGAAUGGGUGUCAUCAGAAUAAUAGCUUAAACAGCUGAUAAAAACAUCACAAUAAUCCACUAAUCCAAAUAACUCCAGUCGAUCAAUAAAUGUCUUAUGGAGUGAAAAGCAUGUUUGUAAUAAGUCCAUCAAGGCAUUUUACCUUUAAACCAUCGUUUGUGGCAAAAAAACAAGUGCAUAAUCCAUUAAAAAAUGCUUCCUUCAGUUAAAACGUCCAUCCCCCGUUGUCCUCUCACAUCAAAAUCUUCCAACAUAUUUGUUUAGAAUGGUUUUAACCUGUCAUCGUUUGUAAACAGUGCUUGAUCUGUGUAUAUUUCUUUUAUGAUUCAGACAAGACGACCUUUUCACCAUGGAAACCAAUUUUAUUUUAACUGUAGACUCAUUUGAAUUAAAAAAAAAUUAAUGAUUGAAUUGUUUCUUACAAACAAACAGCUUCAUAAGAUGUUUACUGAUGAACUGGAGUCAUGUCAAUUGGUCAGUGAGUGAAGCUAAAUUCCUUCAGAUCUGUUCUGAUGAAUGAGCAAACACGUCUUGGAUUGCCUGAGGGUGAGUAAAUAUUCAGCAAAUGUUCAUUUUUGGGUAAACUAUUCCUUCAAUGUUAAUUUUGUUUUAUUUGCCUAACUAAUUGGAUACCGAAUGACUGUACUGUUGUUAAAAAUGUUUAUUCCCAUUUUGACUGACAUUACAAUAGGGCUCCAGUCAACAUACUUUGUGUUGACCUUUACUCUUCCUAUUUGAAUCUUUUGAAAGAUUUUGUCAACUUAGAGGUCAGUUUGAAAAGCUGAAACGUAUAUACAUUUUAACACUACAGGCCAAUUAGAAACUGAAUGCAGUCUUUACAUCAGUGGAGGCACCAGUUCUUUAAAAUAUUUCCUAUAUAGCACAUUCAUAAUAUGCUAUCCAC